UUCUCAUCACAAAUUUCUUAUUUUCUUGCCAAGUUCUUGUUCAUCCGUUCGAGACGCGGUUUUCUGUGUAGGCUCUUUAUAACCAUACUGUCAUUUGCAGUAAAUUUCAGCACAAAGGGACAAUUCUUGAAAGACUUUUUUUUUUUCUUUUUCUUUUUUGUGUCAAUUGAGUGCUGCUAAAUUUAGCUACAACUUUUUUGUUGGAGUAAAGAUUCAAACUUUCUGGCUAUAUGGAGGCUUACAAGAGAUGGGUUAGAAGGAAUCGUGAUUAUGUUCGUCAAUUGAGUUCUCUAGCCAGUGGAAUGACAUGGCUUCUUCCAGAGCGGUUUGCUGCAUCAGAAAUCGGGCCAGAAGCAGUCUCCUCGAUCCUUGGAAUGGUUACCACCGUAAAUGAGCAUAUUAUAGAUACAGCUCCAACUUUGGUGCAUACAAGUUCUGCGGAGACUUCUUUUCUCCCUUUGUCAUUGUGCCUUACUUUGUUGAGAGACCUGGAAACGUUAAUUGAAGUAGUAGCUGAGCAGCUUUAUGGCGAAGACAAAAAAUGGAAUUUGAUUGCUCUUACAGAGGCUGCCAAGGUGUGCGUUAGGCUGGCUGUUUUCAGAAGUAAAGGAUAUAAAAUGCUUUUGCAAGGUGGGGAGACUGAGAACUUGGAAGAUUCAGAUGAUUUGAGUCCCCAAGAAAGCAUGGGGCAGUUAAGGAAGCCUAUCCAAAAUCCAGGACUGGGUCCCAAUCACCUUCAAGGUAGGGCGAUGUCUGCCUUAAGUAGCUUUGGUCAGAAUGCUAGGACGGUUUCUGAGCCAACUUGGUUGCGCAGGGUUCAACAGCAGCAAGCAAUUUUGGAACCUCCAGCUAAGGUGAUCAGAAAUCCCAGUCUUUCAACCUUCUUAUCUGAGAAGGGUAUUCGUGGAGGGUUAUUUGUGACUGGGGAGGCUAUGUUUGUUCUAAGACCUCUUAUUUACGUCUUGUUGGUAAGGAAGUAUGGAACACGAUCGUGGUUUCCUUGGUUCAUCUCCUUGGCUGUGGAUCUCAUAGGAAACAGCAUUCUCUCAGUCAUAACAACGUCCCAAGAUAGCGGGAAAGAUCAGCAUUUUCAAUUUUCUAAAUCCGAGAAGGAUGAGUUAAAAAGGAGGAAGCUGUUGUGGGUGCUUUACCUCAUGCGAGAUCCAUUUUUCUCCAAAUACACCCGGCGCAGACUUGAAAGCACUCAAAAGAUUGUAGAACCUGUUCCUGUAGUUGGAUUUUUCGCAGAAAAACUUAUUGAACUCCUUAUUGGAGCCCAGACUAGAUAUACCUACAUGUCUGGUUCUUGAGGGGAAGCAACUGAAUGUUUGAUACAUUCUUUGUUAUUUGACAAUGGAGAUCAAUCUUUUUCUCUUUUUUCAGUUGUAGCAUUUUGAUAUCAUAAUCAAGAAAAGGUUAGCAUUUCGAAAUAGAAUUAAGAAAGGUGUAUAAUUUUUGUUUUUAUCCAAAAGUGCAUUGAGGUUCAAUGCAUCAGAUGUAGCAGUAAUUAAAGCCCAGUGCUGGCUGUCUAUUUAAUAAGGAUAUAAACUAUAUAGACCUGAAGUCUGAAAUAUAUCUAUAAGAUCAGUAGUAACUUAGCUUAUUUUUCUGUUAAA